AUCAAUCAAAAUUAAUAAUAGCUGAUCGGGUCGGUGUGGUCAGCGAUUACAGGGUUGAAGCGGUGUCUCGCGCAUCUCACUCAGUGUGGACCGGGCCAUUGUAGGAGCAGAGAGGGGGAGAGAGGGGGGGUGACUUGACCCGUCUGUUUGGUAUCCACUGGGAAAGCGGCGCCAAAAAAGGCCCUGAAUGAGGAAAUGAAGCGUAAUUUGAGGAAGAUGGAUGAGUCUCCCGGGCGACGCCCCCUUCUAUCCUCUUGUGUUGAUGAUGAGCGCUCGCGCACUCACAGUGCGAGUGUGUGUGUCUGUGUGUGAGAGUGAGUGAGUGAGUGAGAGAGAGAGAGAGAGAGAGAGAGAGAGAGAAGGGGUGGGAGGCAGGGAAAGAGGUGCGUGUGUGUGUUUAUGUCUCACUAUGUGACAAAUAGUGAGAGAGAAGGACUGAGCUCGAGACCUGAGAAGAAGGGAGAAGAAAAAAAAGAAGCGGCGAGAAAACUUUUCAGUCAGCGAAUAAUCAGCGAAUAAUCAACAGGAAUAAGUUUUGCUUUUCUGGCAAGAAACAGAGAGACAAUUCAGGAUUUAUACGGCAACGGAACACGGAAACUUCAGCAUGCAGAGGCCGAGCGGUCCAGGCACGGCGUUCUCCAUAGACUCGUUAAUCGGCACUCCGCAGCCGCGGCCGGGCCACUUGCUGUACACGGGCUACCCCAUGUUCAUGCCGUAUCGACCGCUCGUGAUCCCGCAAGCCCUGUCUCACUCGCCCUUACCGUCGGCCAUUCCUCCGCUCGCGCCUCUAGCGUCCUUUGCCGGCCGGUUAACCAACACGUUCUGCGCGAGCCUGGGCCAGGGCAUGCCUUCCAUGGUGGCCCUCACCACCACGCUGCCGGGAUUCUCGGAGCCCGCGGACGGUUUCUAUCCGCCUCAGGAGAUCACCGGGCCCAGGUUAAGCGCAGACGCGGCGAUCGGGCGCCAGGAGAGUCCGCACGAAGAGCUGCACGCGCGCGACAAAUCAGCCGAGCUCCUCAACUUCUCGGAAACUUUUCAGACCGUGGCAGGUGAGACUAAACUGUACAGCUCGGACGAUGAGAAGCUCGACCUGAAGUCUGCCGAGGCGGCGUGCAGCGAGCGCGAGGACAGCUCGGGAGACAGCGAGAACGAGAGCUUCUCGGACGGCCACAGCUGCGGCUCCAAGAGCAAAUUGAAAGCAGGUUCUCACGAGCCUCUGAGCUCCACGUCUACGGCAGCAGCAGCGGCGGCGGCGGGCGCGUCUUCGGCGGGCAAGAGCCGGCGGCGACGGACAGCGUUCACGAGCGAGCAGCUGCUCGAGCUGGAGAAGGAGUUCCACUGCAAGAAGUACCUGUCGCUCACCGAGCGCUCGCAGAUCGCGCACGCGCUCAAACUCAGCGAGGUGCAGGUGAAGAUCUGGUUCCAGAACCGGCGCGCAAAGUGGAAGCGCAUCAAGGCAGGGAACGUGAACAGCCGCUCUGGUGAGCCCGUGCGCAACCCAAAGAUCGUCGUGCCCAUCCCUGUGCACGUGAACCGCUUCGCCGUCAGGAGUCAGCACCAGCAGAUCGAGCAAGGCGCGAGGCCGUGAACUGCGCCAUGCAGCCGCCCACGCGCGCUCCAAAACUCGCUCCUGAAAUGCAUAGAAAUAAAUGCAUGAAGCACAAAAAACGAGGGAAUUAACUCGCAAUUAAAACUCGCAUCUAGACGGAUUAUUAUUCGACCUAGAUGUAUUUUUUUAAAUACUAGUUUUUUUUCUUAUAACGUGGCCAUGUCUUUAAUUUAUUGCUUUGUAAAUAAUGUGUAAAUAGAAAAAAAUGUGUCUAAACGACACGCCCAUGUGCACUAUGAAAGAAAAUUGUUAAAAAGGACGUUUUUAAACAAACAAAAAAAGUAUUUAUCAGUUGCAGUCUAGUUGGUUUAUCUGCAUGUUUAUAUGGUUCCCAUUGUAUGGCUGUAAAAGGCCAUUUUUUUUAUGUUGUUCUCACAUCUUGCAUGUGUUCCUCCAUGAUCAUCAUCAUCAACAUCAUCAUCAUCAUCCUCACCAUCAUCACGGUCUUUAGAGACCACUUAUUUGUGGAAAAAAAUUAAGGAAACAGUGGUUGGUUGAAAUAAAUCAAGAGUUCAUGACAUUCAGUGCUACAGUUCUACUUCUAGACUGAAAGGUGAGAAAAAAAUAGCAAACUAUGACACAGCUCAAAAAAAUGCCUAAAUGUAACCGCGACACGUUAUUGGCCUAAUUAUGAAUAAUGGGUCCAUCAAGUCUUAAAUUAGGCAGGAUGACGUAGCAUGUAAUUAACCAAUAGAUUAAUUGAUAUGUUGUUAACAUGCAUGGCGGGGUAAGUUUGGAGAAGAACAAAGAUUUAUUUCCCUUUUAAAAUAUCAACAGCAAAGAAGAAGAAUAAGAAGACCUGUUGUAUAUUUACCUUAUUGUUAUUGUUAUUAUUAUUAUUAUUAUUAUUAGGAGAUUUGGUUCAUUUGUAGGAUUGCAAGCAUAAAACAUUUGGGAAACAACAUUAUUUAACAUUAAUUCGAAUAAAAUGCAAAAAGGGAGGGUAAAACGCAAAAGGAUGUCAUUCUGUUUAAAAUGCAUAUGAUAUAUUUAUUUAUUUAUUUAUUAUUAGUAUUUUUUUUAAAUCCCCAGGUGUUCUGCGUUCAGUAAGUUUCUUACAUAUUCAGAAAUAUUUUGACCCCAAAUAGUUUCAUUAUUCAUUACAGAAAUGUUUAUUUAGUUGUUUUCUGCGUUAAUUAAACAAAUUUCUGCUCGGAGAUAAAGAAAAACUUUAGAGUUUUUGUUGUUGUUGUUGUUGUUGGUCAAGUUCACAUAUAGCCUGAAUGCUGGCCAUCCAAAAUAAUAAGCAGUUUUCUUUUUUGGACUUCUACAAUCAUUUCAGUCCCAAUUAAAAAGACAAAAACAAAAUUACAUUUAAAGUUAAACAACAGAUUUACAAUUUAAUAUCAAAAUUCAAAUAAAUUCUAAAUGAAUGCUGUAAUGAGCUUUCUCUAGGUGACACUUCUGCUAUAAAUACUUUUUUGUUUUUAAGUUAAAAACAGUUCCUGAAAACACAAAUGCAAAUACAAAUUUACUGACAAUUCAUCUCUCAAACAGGCUAAUUUUCUCAUUUAUUCAUGCGUAUUUCAACAUUUAAACUCCAACCUCUUUCCUAAUUUUCCUAACUGCAAAUUAUAUACAUAAAAAACCUACUGAUGGAUAUAAAUGACGUUUUUUGUGAUUCUGUUUCGUUCACUUUAAUUUAUUUAACUUAUUUAAUCCUGGCUUUUUUUUUAGGAUAAGUGAGAGGGGAGUUAUUUUUAAUAUCACUGGCUUGAUGUGUUGAAGAAAUGAUAUCUGAAUUUAAUACUUAAAAAUAAUAAUAAUAAUAAUAAUAAUAAUCUUUGCACCAUGAUGAUUUUGGCACGUGAAUAAACAGAGAGAGAGAGACAGAGAGAGAGAGAGAGGUUUUGUUAAUGAGUAUGAGACUCAUUUGUCUCUCUUUAGGAGGCCAUGUUGUCAGAGAGAAGAGUGAUGGAUUUCUACACUGGUCAUAUUCACCUAACAGUAAUGAUCUUCAACAUCCAUCACUCUCUCUCUCCAUCUUUCUCUCUCUCUCUCUCGUCUCAAAUCUCUUUUUUUUCAUGUGAGUACAUAAAAAAAAAACAGUUUACAAUUUGAUUGACAUGACAAGUCCAAGUGACAGAUGAAUGAAAGAAAUGUAUUCUAAUAGCCUAUGAUAUCUUCUUUUUUUUUACACAUCAUGCAUACUAAUCUUAUUUUUUUAAUGUUAGAUUUAUAGGGGCCAAUUAAACAAAAUGGUAGUUUGAUCAAUGGAUGAACAGCCUGGUUCCUUUGUGGAUUCAUUUUCUGUAAAAUCAGGAAACUUCUUCUCACUACUUUACCUUUAUAAUUAGCGCACUGAAUAGACUUUUAAAUCCAAGUCAAAUCCAGAAGAGCAUCCUAAAAACUGCAUACUAGUAUGCAUGUCUGAAAUAGUGCCCUACUCCCUAGGGUACUUCCUUCCACGGUCAAGUGUGUUAUCCUGUGUAAAUAACGUUGUAUCAUUUGAACCUUUCAUAAACGCACUGUAAAUUCUCCACUAGCUUACACUUUUGGGCUACAAAGUACCUAAAAAUGUCAAAACAGUGCACUAUGUAGUGCAACAGACUUUUACAGAAGUGACAUUGUGAUGAUUUUUUUAAUACACACUUUUAGAAAAAGUUUACUAAACUGUACUUUCUCCUCGUCGCCCUUUUGUACCUUGUAUCUUUUAGCAGGAAAUAUGGAUAUAGUGUAUCUUAAAAAUAAUUUAGGGUACGACUUAAAGGUACAAUACACGCACCUUCUUAGGUAAAAGACACACACUCAAGAUACAAAAUGUGUAACAACCCCAGUGACAAGGAAUGACACAGUUUAGGACCCUUUAUUUCGGAGAGUGCACGAAUUAAUACACUGUGGUCACGAAAUACUUAACUCUCUCUCUCUCUCUCUCUCUCUCUGAGGUGACAUGAUGUUUAUUUUUUUAAUAUCUCAUGGUCACGACUUCAUAUGUUGUGAGAGCGUCAUAGGUAAUAGCCAUCUCUAGAUAAUUAUUUGACACCGAGCCACUGAGGUGACAAGGUGUGGCCACGAAUUAAUAUACUGAAGCCACGAGUUAUAUUUCUCGUGACCACAAAGUUAAGUUUCUCAAGACUUAUUUAGUCGUCACGACUUAACUCGUGGCAACUACU